UCGAUAAACAGGCUGAAUUUAUAAAGAACUUUUAUGCACUAGGUGAAAACCGGAAGUGAAUACGCUGUUUCUCCGCAAUUACCAUAAUGCUGAGAAUACUGGCAAACUCUUUAAAAAGGAGGCUGUGAAACAACUUGAAGAAGAGGGUGCGCCAGAAGAGUCCAGGUGGCGGGUGUCAGAAACUCUUUGUGGAUUCCUCAUCCAAAAAUCUUCAAUGCGCACCAUAUUCUGUGUGCACAUUUCGGUUUCGUUUUCCGCAGAAGCCACACCAUACAGCUCUAAUAAAAGCUGGAAAUAGAAACUAAACUGUUGCACUCGAUCUUGGACAAGUCAAGAUGGGUUCAAUAUUCCACCUACUCGAGCAGCACAGACUGCAGUCUCACUACAGGAAAUUUUGUGAUGUUGGAGUGAAAGAUGAAAGAGAUUUCCUUGAUGUCACAGAUGAAGACUUGAACUCCAUCGGAUUAAGCCAGGUGGAAAAGAAUCGUUUUUCUACCAUGAGAAACUCCAUUCGCAGACUCAGAGCUCCUGCAAACCCAGCUGCAAUGUCUGUGAAAAAGUCAAUGGAGUCAUACUGUCUGCAGUACAUGUACCCCAAAUGUCCUGAGCCAAAAUACAUCAAAGAUAUGGAUCCUGCACAAAAUACAGUUGAAGAUCUGAUGUUGAGGAUCUGUCACUGUGAAAGUGUUGAUACAUCCAAAGGUGUCUGUCUCUACACGGUGGAUGGAAUGCCUUUGACUGAUGAUCCAUUCUUCAACACAUGGUCUUUAAAAGACAGACAUAUUGCAAAUGGAGAUGUAAUCUAUGCAAUAUUUACACCAAAGGAGAACCUGAAAACAGCUCGUCAAAUGUUGACGCAAGAGGUUACUGAAAACUAUGGAACUGAUACAGUUCGAUGCCACAUCAUGCUCAAGGGAAACUUCGAGGUGAAAGUGGAUUUGACCAAGGACACAAUAACUAAUCUGAAGAACAAGCUUGCAAGUGAAAGUGGAAUCCCAGGACAUGUCCUUCAUUACAAAGGUGAACAUGGCAGUGGAAACACACUGGAAAGUUGUGGAAUCUCAGAUGAGUCCACGGUGUUCUUCUCACUGUCUACGUUUACUGAGGAGGUUCCAGACCAAAGAGAAUUCUUCACUAAUGAUGUCGAGCCCUCAGUGCAACAAACCUCCAAAGGAAUCAGUGCCUUCUUGUCUUCAUUUCAUAUCAUUAAAAACACGAAUACUGGAGUUUCAUACAAGAAUUUGAUUGGCUACAUACGAAAACUGACUGGAUGUAACCCUCUGGCCCAAAGUUUGUACCAGUUACUCUGGAAGAAUGAGACUAUAUCCAGAAACCAGAAGAUCGCAGUGGUUGAAGGCUUGUACAUGCUCUUUAGAGAGCUUUUGCCACAGCUUGGAACAAAACGAGGAGAAAAGAUCAUCGAGGACAUUGAUGUCUUUGAGUAUUCAACAUACUGCUGGGCAUAUAUCCUGUCAGAAGCAAAGAAAGAGACAUCAGAACAUGAGAACUAUGCACCAUUUUCUCUGAUGUCUGAAGAAGGCAGGCGUUACUCUGAUCCAGUCACUGUACCUGGAGUACCAGGUGUCCUCGAAAGAGCAGUUGUACUUCAGAAAAUCAAAGAUGGCGAGAAGAUUCCAAACUGCACUGAAGAGUGUUUGCAAGAAAUAUCACUCAAAAGAGCCACUGACACUGAGAAAAUUCUGCUCAGCGUUCACCCGUCAAUUAAAACAUAUCAUCUUUGGAUUUCUCAUGACAGUGUGACUGGGCAGAACUUUCACAUAGAUACUGGGAAGAGUUUUGGAGACAUGGCAGAAGAAAUGAAAGCUUUCCCUCAACUCAAUGUGACUCCACCACUUCUUUUGAAAGAUCUCGGUAUUACUGACCAGCGACUUGUUUUCCUGAGUGAAGACAACCUUGGUGUCUAUUUGACUAAAAACAAGGCAAUCCCUGCACUGAUUGAGGUGUAUGAUUGUCUGGCUGGCAAAACCAAAAAUGUGAAUGUGGACGUAUUAGCAGCAAAAACUGGUGACCAGAGGGACGAUGAUUCAUUUGUCACAACCAGGACUCCAAAAGAAGCCAUUAUGGUGCUGAUAGAUACAAGCUCAUCCAUGGGAGAAAAAUGCUAUGGAAGUGUGGAAAUACAGAAAAUUGAUGCUGUUAAACAGCUUUUUGACAACUUUGCAACACGCACCAUGGCUUAUGAUUUUCAUCAUGUCAUUGGCCUUGCGAAGUUUGACUCUACAGUGGAAACUCUCCACACAUUCACAGAAACACUGGAAAAGUUCAAGGAACACGUGCACACCCUUCAGGCAAAUGGAAGAACAAAGCUGUAUGAUGCCCUACAGCAUGGAAUGCUUGAGUUGGAAAAAGUCAAGAAGUUUCCAGACUGUAAACGUCGCAUCCUUUGUCUCACUGAUGGAUACGAUGUUGGAUCCUCAAACAAGCCAGAGGUUGUUACUGCCAACCUGAUCAAAUCUAACAUCAUCGUGGAUUCAAUUAUUCUUGGAACAGAGGCGAACAAUCCUCUGCAGAAUCUGUGCAGGGCACUUUCGGGCAAUAUGUCUUGUACUCUGCGCGGAAUCAGCAAUGCAACAGGUGGUUGCUGUUUCAAGCCAGAGACAAGCAAAGAUGGUCUGAAGCUAUUUGAGAUAGAGACGGUUCUCUCUUUGGAGAUGAGGAAACCCAAGAACAAAGCCGACCCAUCAUGCAUCAGUACAGGUUUCUUAACAGCGAUCUCUGCUGCCAAUGGGUAUGAUGACUCUCCAGAGACUGCUUUGCCAAGCCAGAUAAACAGUAAAGUGACACUGACAGAGAGUGCUCUGAAAAAGAAGAUCCAGGAUGCCAAAGUUGGCCAAUUGAUGGAAAAGGACAAACGUAUCCUGGAGGAACUAAGGAGCCUGCAUCGUGACCCACAUCCCUACUUUAGUAUCUUUCCAUCAGAGUCUGACUUCACAUUCUGGAAGAUUAUCAUGGAGGGACCUCCUGACACACCUUAUGAGAAAGGAGUCUUUGAGUUGUUCUGCCAGUUUGGUGCUGACUACCCAGUGAAGCCUCCACUUGUUCGCUUUGUCACACGCGUGUACCACUGUAAUAUUAACAGUGUGGGGCGCAUCUGCCACAACAUAUUUGACCGGAACUACAAUGCCCAAAUCACUGUGAGAGAUAUCCUCAAUGCUGUGUAUGGACUGCUCAUCAUCCCUGAACCUGAAGAUCCAUUGGACAGCAUUCUGGCCGAGGAAUUCUUGACCAGCCCUGAGAAGUACAAACAAGAGGCCAGGAAGCACACCGAGGAAACCGCUGCACAAUCACUGGAUGAUAUGGAGAAGAAAUGGGUGGACCCUGGGAAACGCAUACCCCCUCAUCUGAUCUGUCCACUCACCAAAAAGAUGUUUAGGGAUCCAGUAGAAACAAAAUACGGAAGCGUGUAUGAGCGAAAGGCCAUUGAACAACACCUCAAAUCAAACAAUCAAGAUCCACAGGACCCAGAACAACUGCUCACCACAGCUGAUCUUAAACCAGCACAUGAGAUGAAGAAAAUGGUGAAGGAUUAUCGCUCUAAACAAAUUCAGUAAACGUUAGAGCUACAACGCUGCCAUUUUACAUCACUUUCUCAAAUAAACACAAAUUGUCAUCAAGAAAAUGUGGAAAUAGGAAAAAGUUAACUAUUCCACUAAAUGCAAGUUCAUGUUGUCACAUCAUUCUGUGUAAUCCUUUAUUGUACUAUUAAUUACUUUGAGUUACACAGAAGAAUAGUAUAGUUAUGACAAACUGACUCUGAUUUGAAUUAUGUAAAAAAAUCUUAGAUUAAAUAAGUUUCAUAUUUUAGAAACUUCUAUUUUUAUAUUGUAGAGCUCAUUCUUAAUGACUUACAUUCAGCACAGAUGUUCCACCACCAGCAGUGACAGGAUUGUAAUCUACUCUCUGACUGACAGCAAUAAACAGGCCUGUAAUUUGUAUAUUCAUCUAUGCCUGAGAAACACAAUGUUUUUUAUCUGUAACUCAUACUGUUCAAUUAUACUCUUAACUGUAUGUCAAUAAUUACUGAUUGAUCCUUUACCCUGAACAGAAAUUGAUGAUGAUUCACGGGGGAUGGGCAGUGAAAUGUCUUCUCAUGUUGUCUGAAGCACAAUUUCUCUAUUUUUGCUGCUUUUGUUAUAAUUAAGAUUUUCAUGUCUACUGAUGAUGACGUUGGUAAAAACCCUGAGUACAUAAACAGUGAGCUUUAUUGAUGCUCCUGUGUUUGACUGUUUAUGGGAAAAAAUGAAUGAAAAUAAAAGUAGACGAGAAAAACUG